AUGACUUUGCCUCCAUUACAGUUUUUUUCAGGGAUACCCGAAAUCAACGAGGAUGUUUUUGAGGCCAAAGAAAAAGUGACCUUCAGCAUGCAUUGCUCUGGCAACGUAGGAAUGCCCCCACAAACCAUAAACUGGAAAUACUCCCAGAAUGGUACGGGCGUCUGGAAUCUCGUUGACCCAACCCUGGUGAGUCAGUCCAACGCCCUGGGGCAGGGAUGCAACUGUUGGUAUCACGGGAAGAGCAAGGUCACGGUGACCAUGUCCGAGGCCCUUGACGGGGCCCGCUACAUGUGCCUGAUAGAGGACGAAGUGGACCACGCUCAUAAGAACUACGAUCAAAUCUCACUGGAACUACAAAGUACGGGCUUUUUAUCACACUGGUUCUCUGCAAGGUACGGGCGUUUAAUCACACUGGUACUGCAAAGUACGGGGAUAAACUAUGAUCUGAUCUCACUGUUACUACACGGUACGGGCGUUUAA